AUGUUAUAUACAAAACCUAACUGUAAUAUGCUUUGGUGGGGUAUAUUUCAGCGUCUGCUCUGCGGUCAUACUAAAAAUUGCCGAAAUGGAAACGGUCAAUCCCACGUUCUCGUACCUCACCAAUCUGGAAGUAAUGCAGAUUCUACAGAAGAUCAAGAGCACCAAAAAGAAGUUCGGUAUGCGCAACUUGGCCACGGUUACUUAUGAGGCACUGCAGUAUCUGGAGGAGUCUCCCUGCAAGACGCAAACUCGUGAGAACAUUAUGAAUUACGUUAAGGACCUGUCUUCUUAUCGUCUGAAGUCCCAAGAGAUCCUGCAAAUGAUCAAUGAUCCGCCUACAAGUGCCCUGCACACGCAGCUGCUCAUCGACGAUAAUAAAGCUCCACUAACCGAUGAGGAGAACGAGAAAAUCAUUCAGCUGAGCUACAAACACUUCCAUGGUGGAGAAACCAAAGGCGCUACUAAGGAAACACCGGCGGAAAAACCUGCGGAGUCCACUGCGAAGACCGGCAAGCAAUCUGGAAAGCGUAAUGCCCAGGCCAAAUCCAAUCCAGCGGAAAUAGCUCCAGCGGACAAGACCACGCCAGAUGAUGGAGUUACUGAUGUCGCUACUCCUUCAAGUGAAGCCACUACAGCAGUUAUAACUACUCCAGCGGAAGAAGCAACCCCAGUGGAAACAUCGUCUUCAGAGAAUAAAGCAACUCCAGCCACUACAGUGCCUGCAACGGAUGAAGUCAUUUCAAUGGAAACCAAUUCCAAUCCUUCACCAGAUGGAGAAAAACUCGGGUAGCAGCCGCCGCAAUAACCCAUCCGCUUAUUACGUUUAACGUUUCAUAUAUUUAUGUUGAUGUAGCGUAUAAAAUAAGCUAAAAAAAAAAGUAAAUUAUUUAUGUUCGCUUCUGAUCGCCCAAAUCCUCGAUGACGUCCUCAUCGAUCUCGGCCCAUUUCUCGGGUAUGACAUCGAACAAGUCAUCCUUGACGUCGCCCUGAAUGACGAUCUCGUCGUCUCCGGUCACCGAGGAGCCGCAGGCAAACUUUGUGCCAAAGAACUUGGCGGCCACUUUGAGAUCAAUAUC